GCGAUACCGACUUCAACACCUCAGCGCGACAAUUCUUGAUUUGAGAACCCGCGAGGACGAGGGAUUUCACGAAUCCAAAGUGGAAACUUUACAAGGAUUUGCAUAUUUUGAAUUGGGUCUCGUACCUCCAUGGCUGCUUCGGCGGGCGGUGUCGCUCGUCCGGCCGAGGAUCACGUCGAGAAGACGAAGACUCUGAUCGGUGCCCUUAGUCUCGUCUCCCGGAACCUCCCUCUCCCUCCUGAGGUAUUUGAUGCCGUUUCUUCUAUCUAUCACGAUGGAGAAGAAGAAGUUUAUGAUACGGAGGAGGAGGAGGCUGAGGCGAUCGAAGGCAAUGACGCUUCGGCUGAGAAGCAUAGCAUUAGUGAAGUUUCAACAAGUGGAGCCUUGAUAUCCCAGCUUGAAGAUGCCCUAUUGAAGCAACAACUAAGUUGCUUGUCUGCUUCAGCAUUGGAAGAAUUAAAGGAAAGCCAUUUUCAGAGCCACAUUCAGCAUCGCCUUGAGGAGCUUGAAGUUUUGCCAUCAAGUCGGGGUGAAGACUUGCAGCAGAAGUGCCUACUUGAAUUAUAUGGUCUUAAGUUGGUAGAGCUGCAGAGGAAGGUGAGAUCUGAUGUGUGUGCAGAAUACUGGCUUCAUGAAAAAUGUGCCUAUCCUGAUAGACAAUUAUUUGACUGGGGAAUGCUGCGCUUGAGACACCCUUUUAGCAUGUAUGGCAUUGGAGAUGCUUUUGCAAUGGAAGGUGAUGAGCGCCAACGAAAGAAAAGAGAUGCUGAGAGGCUUUCAAGGCUGGAAGAGGAAGAAAGAAACAGGGUAGAGACUAGAAAGAGGAAAUUUUUUGCAGAAAUUCUUAAUGCUGCUCGUGAAUUUCAAUUACAAGCACAAGCUGUGUUGAAAAGAAGAAAGCAGAGGAAUGAUGGAAUUCAGGCAUGGCAUGCAAGGCAGAGGCAGCGUGCAACACGUGCUGAAAAAUUGAGAUUUCAAGCAUUGAAAGCUGAUGAUCAAGAAGCAUAUAUGAGAAUGGUUGAGGAGAGCAAGAAUGAAAGAUUGACUAUGCUCCUGGGGAAAACUAAUGACCUGCUUGUUUGUCUUGGGGCUGCUGUUCAGCGGCAAAAGGAUGCAGAACACACAGUGGGUUUUGAAGCUCUGAAAGAAUCUGAGUCUGAUGAUCAUUCUCAAGGAUCUUUAUCCAAGAGUGAAACUCCUGGAGAAAUGUCUCUAGAUGAUGAUUCUGUCCAGAAAGUGAAAGCAAAUGAUUUGCUUGAAGGACAACGACAAUAUAAUUCAGCUGUCCAUUCCAUUCAAGAAAAGGUAACAGAGCAGCCGUUAAUGCUUCAGGGUGGGGAACUAAGGCCUUAUCAAUUAGAAGGUCUUCAAUGGAUGCUUUCGUUGUUUAACAAUAAUCUGAAUGGUAUUCUAGCUGAUGAGAUGGGACUGGGAAAGACGAUUCAGACGAUAGCCUUAAUUGCGUAUCUAAUGGAGAACAAGGGUGUAAAUGGGCCCCAUUUGAUUGUUGCUCCAAAAGCAGUCUUGCCAAAUUGGCUUAAUGAAUUCUCCACUUGGGCACCUAGUAUCAUAGCGGUCUUAUAUGAUGGACGAUUAGAUGAAAGAAAGGCAAUGAGAGAAGAGUAUUCUGGAGAAGGAAAAUUUAAUGUGAUGAUCACACACUAUGAUCUGAUAAUGAGGGACAAAGCAUUCCUAAAGAAGAUUCAUUGGUACUACAUGAUUGUUGAUGAAGGGCAUCGCUUGAAGAACCAUGAAUGUGCUCUUGCACGCACUCUUGUGUCUGGCUAUCGGAUAAGACGUAGACUUCUGUUGACUGGCACUCCAAUUCAGAAUAGCUUACAAGAGCUUUGGGCAUUGCUUAAUUUUCUUCUCCCAAGCAUUUUUAAUUCAGUUCAAAAUUUCGAGGAAUGGUUUAAUGCACCAUUUGCAGAUAAAUGUGAGGUUUCUCUGACAGAUGAGGAAGAGCUGCUCAUUAUUCGUCGACUGCAUCAUGUUAUUAGACCUUUUCUUUUGAGGAGAAAGAAGGACGAAGUUGAAAAAUUUCUUCCUGGGAAAACACAAGUCAUCCUCAAAUGUGAUUUGUCUGCCUGGCAAAAGGCAUACUACCAGCAGGUUACAGACAUUGGAAGGGUUGGGUUGGACUCUGGAACUGGAAAAUCUAAGAGCCUCCAGAAUUUAUCAAUGCAGCUCCGGAAGUGUUGUAAUCAUCCAUACUUGUUUGUUGGGGAGUAUAAUAUGUGGCAGAAAGACCAGAUUGUUAGGGCAUCUGGUAAAUUUGAACUGCUUGACCGCCUGCUUCCCAAACUCCAGAAAUCUGGUCAUAGGGUUCUGCUUUUCUCUCAGAUGACGCGACUCAUUGACAUUCUUGAGAUUUAUCUGCAGUUGCAUGAUUUUAAAUAUCUUAGGCUUGAUGGCUCAACCAAGACUGAAGAACGGGGGUCCUUGUUAAAGCAGUUUAAUGCACCUGAUUCGCCUUACUUCAUGUUUCUUUUGAGCACCCGAGCUGGAGGUCUAGGAUUAAAUUUGCAGACAGCAGAUACAGUAAUAAUAUUUGACAGUGAUUGGAAUCCACAGAUGGACCAGCAGGCAGAGGAUCGUGCUCACCGCAUUGGACAGAAGAAGGAAGUUCGCGUCUUUGUUUUGGUUAGUGUUGGAUCAAUAGAAGAGGAAAUUUUGGAACGGGCAAAGCAGAAAAUGGGAAUUGAUGCCAAGGUCAUCCAGGCUGGGUUGUUCAAUACUACCUCCACAGCUCAGGACAGGCGGGAAAUGUUGCAAGAGAUCAUGAGGAGAGGAACAAGCUCCCUGGGAACGGAUGUGCCAAGUGAGCGGGAGAUAAAUCGCCUUGCAGCCCGUACUGAAGAGGAGUUCUGGUUGUUUGAGAAAAUGGAUGAAGAGAGGCGGAAAAGGGAGAGAUAUAUGUCAAGACUAAUGGAAGAGAGUGAGGUGCCUGAUUGGGUCUAUGCUCAAAGUAAUGAAGAAAAAAGUAAAAAAAGCCUCGAGGCGGAUUCUCAAAGCAAUCAACUCUUGGGAAAGAGACGCCGAAAAGAGGUGAUUUAUGCAGAUUUACUUAGUGAUGUGCAGUGGAUGAAAGCUGUAGAGGGUGGAGAAGACUUGUCAAAGAUCAGUGCUCGAGAAAAGAAGAGAUCAGGUCACUCUGAAACAUAUGAAUCAGCUUCCGAGAACAUGGGGAUGGCCCGCAAUUCUCAUGAGCAAAAUAACAGUAGCAGGCUAUCAACAAGUGAGGAAUACAGUGAGGACAUGGUGGGUAGAACACCGAGAAAACUUAGGUCUGGUUCUUUGCAAGCAAAUAAAGACGAAGGUGAAGGUGAUAGCAGCAGUUGGCAGGAUAAAGUCACCUGGAAACCUCACAAGAGAAAACGGUCGAGUAUGACGCUCCCAGGUCUGCAUUAGUUCUCCCGGUGUUCAUUACUUUCUGUUUACAGCAUCCUCAGAGGAUAGAUACCCUGACCUGACCAACUAUUUACUGAAUCCUCGGAAGAUACAAGUACCUCUUACCAACAUGUAUUGUAGAUAUUGCUGGCAUUCAGGGGAUUUAUGUUGUAAGCUUCUGCUAUAAUUUCUAAUCUAGACUUAUCAAUCAUUAUAUUUUUUUUUUACUUUUAAUACUAGCUUCCAAUUGUUCUCAGUAGUGUUCUGCAAGUUUUGGUAAGCACUUGUUUUUCCUGUUAUAUGAGCAUCUAUCAGAAUUAAUUUGUGUUUGA